UCUUUCUUUCUUUUUUUUUUUUUUUUUUUUUUUGGCUAUUCAUUCAUAUUUUUUCAUAUACCAAGUAAUAUUCGUCCUGCACAUAAGCCAACCGCCAUUUUCCAUUGUGAUGUUAGAAAUAACUGAAUUUCUUUGAACUUUCAGCUCUCUAAAACAGAGGGGACCUUUAAUUUGGCGUGUUGGAUUUUUUGAAGAAGAAAGAUGAGUUCAACCACGAAGGGGUUGCUGUUAAAGUGCAAUACAAAUGACAUGUACAUGAGAAAAUUACAAAAAUAUAAGUAUGCAGAACAGCAACAAUUUCAAGCAAAGUACCCUUGUGUUGGCACCCAUGUGAGUUGUUCUACUUGGAGUAAAGUAGUUAGGUGUCAUCGGCAAGAAGCAAAUGGCUUUUCAAAUUCCCCAACUCCCAUAAGAAAGCAAAAUCUUCCACCUCAGGCAAUUUUGAGUCCUGUUUCAGAUCCUACAUCAACUGCAAAAAAGAGAGUUUAUACUUUUGGAAAAGGAAGAAGCGAAGGAAACAAGAGCAUGAAGUCCUUGUUGGGAGGUAAAGGUGCAAACCUUGCUGAAAUGGCAAGCAUUGGAUUGUCGGUGCCGCCUGGCCUUACUAUAUCAACAGAAGCAUGCCAGGAGUAUCAGAUUGCCAAAAAGCUUCCACAAGGACUGUGGGAGGAGAUACUGGAAGGUUUGGAGGCUGUGGAGAAAAACAUGGGGGCUUUCCUUGGGGACCCCACUAAGCCCCUCCUUCUGUCGGUUCGGUCUGGUGCUGCUAUUUCCAUGCCGGGGAUGAUGGAUACUGUGUUGAACCUUGGACUCAAUGAUGAAGUGGUUACUGGUUUGGCUGCCAAAAGUGGAGAGAGGUUUGCUUAUGACUCAUACAGACGAUUUCUUGACAUGUUUGGAGGUGUGGUAAUGGGUAUUUCACAUUCGUUAUUUGCGGAGAAGUUAGAGAAGUUGAAGGACGCCAAAGGAGUGAAGCUUGACACCGAGCUCACAGCAUCUGAUCUUAAACAGCUUGUGGAGCAAUACAAAAAUGUCUACGUUGAAGCUAAAGGUGAAAAGUUUCCUUCAGAUCCCAAAAGACAGCUGGAGUUAGCUGUCAAAGCAGUUUUUGAUUCUUGGGACAGUCCAAGAGCCAUCAAAUAUCGGAGCAUUAACCAGAUAACAGGACUUAAAGGAACUGCAGUAAACAUUCAAUGCAUGGUGUUCGGGAACAUGGGUAACACUUCAGGAACAGGUGUUCUCUUCACUAGGAAUCCAAGUACCGGCGAGAAGAAGCUGUAUGGAGAGUUUCUAGUCAAUGCUCAGGGAGAGGAUGUUGUCGCUGGAAUUAGAACACCUCAGGACUUGGACAUAAUGAGGGAUUGUAUGCCUGAAGCAUACAGGGAGCUUGUGGAGAACUGUGAGAUUUUAGAGCGACACUAUAAAGAUAUGAUGGAUAUCGAAUUCACUGUUCAAGAAAAUAGACUGUGGAUGCUACAAUGCCGAGCAGGGAAGCGUACAGGUAAAGGAGCUGUGAAGAUAGCAGUUGACAUGGUGAAUGAGGGGCUUGUUGACAAGCGCACAGCUAUAAAGAUGGUGGAGCCACAGCAUCUAGAUCAACUUCUUCACCCCCAGUUUGAAAAUCCAUCGGCUUACAAAGACAAGGUGGUAGCAAAGGGCCUUCCUGCCUCUCCUGGGGCAGCAGUGGGACAGGUUGUGUUCAGCACUGAAGAUGCUGAAGCAUGGCACGCACAAGGGAAGAGUGCCAUUUUGGUGAGAACUGAAACAAGUCCAGAAGAUGUUGGAGGUAUGCAUGCUGCUGCUGGGAUCUUAACUGCACGAGGUGGAAUGACAUCUCAUGCAGCCGUUGUAGCCCGCGGUUGGGGUAAAUGCUGUGUGUCCGGGUGUGCUGAAAUUCGUGUCAAUGAGUCGGAAAAGGUUCUCAUCAUUGAAGAUAAAGUGAUUCAUGAAGGAGAUUGGAUUUCAUUGAACGGAUCAACAGGUGACGUAAUCUUGGGCAAGCAACCGCUAGCACCUCCAGCUAUGAGUGGUGAUUUGGAGAUCUUCAUGUCUUGGGCUGAUAAGAUCAGGCGCAUCAAGGUUAUGGCAAAUGCUGACACACCAGAAGAUGCACUAGCAGCAAGGAAUAAUGGUGCUGAAGGGAUUGGUCUAUGCAGGACAGAGCACAUGUUCUUUGCAUCAGACGAAAGAAUAAAAGCUGUCAGAAGGAUGAUAAUGGCAGCUACUCUUGAGCAGAGGAAGGAAGCACUCGACUCAUUGUUGCCUUACCAGAGAUCUGACUUUGAGGGCAUUUUCCGUGCAAUGGAUGGUCUUCCGGUAACAAUUCGACUGUUAGACCCACCACUUCAUGAAUUUUUGCCAGAAGGGAACCUGGAAGAGAUUGUAAAUGAACUAACAACAGAUAUAGGCAUGCGCGAGGAAGAUGUCUAUUCUAGGAUUGAGAAAUUGUCAGAAGUCAAUCCCAUGCUCGGAUUUCGAGGCUGCAGGCUAGGAAUAUCCUAUCCAGAACUGACAGAAAUGCAGGCUCGUGCAAUCCUUCAAGCUGCUAUAACUAUGAACAACCAGGGUAUUUCAGUCUUUCCAGAGAUAAUGGUUCCCCUUGUUGGAACACCUCAGGAAUUAAAUCAUCAAGUCAGUUUAAUCCGUGAUGUUGCCAAAAAGGUUUUCUCAGAGAUGGGUACCUCAUUGAAUUAUAAGGUGGGAACCAUGAUAGAGAUUCCUAGAGCUGCUUUGAUUGCAGACGAGAUUGCUAAAGAAGCAGAGUUCUUUUCCUUUGGGACCAAUGACCUCACGCAAAUGACAUUCGGAUAUAGUAGAGACGAUGUAGGCAAGUUUCUUCCUAUAUACCUAGCGAAAGGCAUCCUCCAACAUGAUCCAUUCGAGGUUCUAGAUCAAAAGGGUGUUGGCCAACUCAUCAAGAUGGCUACAGAAAGAGGUCGGGCAGCAAGGCCAAACUUGAAGGUUGGAAUUUGUGGAGAACAUGGCGGGGAGCCUUCUUCAGUUGCAUUUUUUGCUGAGGCUGGAUUGGAUUACGUUUCUUGCUCUCCAUUCAGGGUGCCAAUUGCAAGGCUAGCUGCGGCACAAGUUGUAGAUUGAAGGCAAGGCUCAAGGAAGAAGGAAGAUCAACUCGAUUUUUAGCAGAUGUAAAUAAAUAAAUACAAUUUGUACAAAAAAGAAAUAAUUGUAUAGGAAAAAGGGGACAAGAUUUAUUACUUUCUUUUCAAAGACAUAAAACAAGUGUUUUUAUGUUGAGAAAUAACAAAUAAGAGAUUUGUUUUCUUUUCA